UGUUUUCACUCAGCGCAGGAACAGAGCGGAGCAGCGAGGCGCGGAGUUGUGUAAACGGUUACGUUUUAAUCUUCAUUGCAUCUUUCCAGCCUCUUGCCAUGGCUCUGUGCAGUAGCGACGGAGCCUUGGCGUUACCCAGCGAGCUUAUCGUUCAGAUAUUCUCCUUCCUGUCGGACCGAGACAAGCUCCGGGCCUCGGCCGUGUGCUCUCGCUGGAGGGAGUGUCUCUUCUACCCUGCGCUGUGGACGGAGCUCAAGCUGCGCGUCGGCGGCGGAACCAACGGCGGCGGAUCUGGAUCGGAACAAACCCCGCGAUUAGAGUUCCUCAUGCGCAAGUUCGGCUCGUUCGUGCGGGAGCUGCAGCUGGAGUUCGCCCCGCUGGACGGCUGUCUAAGCCCGCUGCAGCACGGAGUGGAAGCCGUCGAGAGCGACCCGCAGUUCGCGAAAGAUGCGAUGGUGAUAUAUUUGGAUCAGGUGUUGUGUGUGCUCGGCAGUUUGCGUAAUAACAGAAACCUCCAGAAGCUGAGUCUCUAUGGGGACACAUGCAUUCUUCAGGAUGACAGCAUUUUGGACAGCUCUUACCUCAGCCAGGUCGACCAAGGGGGCAAGAAAAUGAAAGAGAUCCAGCAACUCUUCGAAGAGAUCCUGUCCAACAGCAGGCAGUUGAAGUGGUUGUCGUCUGCGUUCAUGCUCGGUGUGGUGGCCCCCUGCUCUCUGGCCUCUCUCUCCAACUCCAGCACCAGCUCCCUCGAGCACCUCAGUCUGAUCGACAGCCAGCUGCCCAGCCUGAUUUCCACCAUCGAACUGGAAAGGCUCACUAACCUGCGGUCUCUGUCGCUGGACUUCUGCGAUUUCACCUCAGACAUGUGCCGUCUCCUCGCCGGCGGUGACCGAGCGCCCCUCCACCGCCUCUCCCUCUUGCUCAACGGCGCUGCUUUGGACGUCAAGCCUUUGGAUGGUACUACCACUGAGGACGACUGGAAAGCUCUGGUCCGUCGCAGCACCAACCUGCGUGUCUACAUCAUGGCGAUGGAUGUGUGCAGCCAGGACCUUCUGCGUGUGCUGAAGCCCAGCAUGCCCCUGGAGCGGAUCCAUCUGGACAGCUACAGCACGCUGGUGACGGAUGGUGUCCUGGAGCUCAUCUCGCAGCAGUACCACAAAACCCUGAGCCAUUUCAUCUUGAUGAGAGAUGACGCUGGAUUCCCAGACCUCAGCGUCAACCGCAACGAGGACCCGCUGGUUCUUCUCGCCUGGCGCUGUGUGCACCUCGCUGUCCUGAUCAUCCAUGGCUACACAGUGUGGUCGCACAACCUGGUGGCCAUCUCUCGCCUGCGUGGGUCCAACCUCAAAGUCCUGGAGGUGUCCGAAGAGAGCAUCGACUUUGACCCGGACCAGUCAGUGUACGUCGAGGGUGACCCCGUCCACAACCUAGUCAAGGAGGUGUCCCUGGGCUUGGGCCGCGUCUGGCAUCCCUCCAUAGACAACAGCGUGGUCCUGAACGAACCCACUCAGCACUUCCACCGCGAGAUGCAGAGUUUCAGCGCGGGCAUGUAGACGCACCAAGGGCCCGUUACCAAAUGCCCUCUCUAACCCUGUGCUUGGUGAUCUUUCACUAAAUGGGCCCUUCUUAUUUUACA